AUGACCGAUACUCCCGUGGCGCAAGAAGCACUUACGUGCAUUGCUAAUGCGCUUUUAUUAAAAGAAAGUACACGUGAUAUAUUCGAAAAGUAUAAUUGCGUACCAAAAGUCUGCCAAGGCUUAAAGACCAUAAACAAUAUUGUGAAAGAAAUUUCUUCGUCUACGAUUGUUGAAUCUUCUCCUAUCAACAGAGUUACGCUCUUGAGCGAGCAAUUAAAAUUUUUAUUUAACCUGAUGCACUAUGAUCCAAAAAUUGUGCGUGAAGGGAAAGGGAAAAAAAUACCAUCACCAUCACCACUUCCACUAAGUCCACCACAUUCUCACGCGAUUCACGCGCUUCUGAACUUUCCUGUCGCCCCUUACAAAUCAAUCUGGUUCCCUCCAGAGCAACAAACUCAACAAUAUGCUCUUUUGGAUAAAUUUCUUGAAACUUUAAAAACAAUGAUAUUUAUUGCCAUCAAAGGAGAUCCUGAUGCUGAUAUUGAAAAUGGUCAAAAGGAAUACGGUGUUAAUUUUGAUGAAGUUAUUCCACCACUUGCGGUAUUGAUACGAAAAUUAGCAGAGGAGGACGAAUUGGCAAGAACUAUUACAAGAAAUAGAUUAUUACCUGAUAAUGUGGAUCGAUCUAAACCGUUAGAAAAAGGCGACAGUUUAUCCGCACGUUUAAUUCGAUUAAUGACUUCGGUAAUGCUGCCAAAUUUAAAAGAUGGUAUAAGUGAGUUGUUAUAUGUGAUAUGUGAUCAAGAUGGUCAUUCUGAAAAACCAAUCAAUCCAAUCACUGGUCAGUACUUAGAUGAUGAAGCACCUUCACUUUCUGAUAUGACAGAUGAAGAAAAAGAGAGGGAAGCAGAAAGGUUGUUUGUUUUAUUUGAAAGACUCAAGAAAACGGGUGUUAUGAAUGUUGUUAAUCCCGUAGAGGAAGCUGCAAAGUCCGGAAAGCUUGAUGAGGUUCCAGACAACGAAGAAAGCGAUUAA